AUGGACUCCUUCUCCAUGAUGGGCAGCAGCAGGAGCCCUGUGUUCUUCACAGCUCCGUCCUCUCACCACCACCUCCAACACACACAGGCCUGUUUCCUGCCCAACGGCACCAAGAGUGGAGACGCAGAGUCUUCCCGGCCCACGGUGGCCAUCCUGGGCUCCGGGGACUUCUCCAAGUGCCUGACCAUCCGCCUGCUGCGCUGCGGCUUCCAUGUGGUGGUGGGCAGCCGACACCCCAAACUGGCAGCGCAGUCCCUUCCUCACGUGGUGGACGUGACACACCAUGAGGACGCUGUGGGGAAGUCCAACAUCGUGUUCCUGGCAAUCCGUCGUGAGCACUACUCUGUGCUGUGGGACCUCAAACACCUACUGGAAGGAAAGAUCCUGGUGGAUGUGAGCAACAACAGGAGGGUGAACCAGUACCCCGAGUCCAACGCUGAGUAUCUGGCUUCACUGAUGCCAGGCUCCAUCACCGUCAAAGGCUUCAACGUCAUCUCAGCCUGGGCCAUGCAGAUGAGCUGCCCCAAAGACGCCAGCACACAGGUGUACAUCUGCAGUGACUCGGUGGAGGCUCGCAAGGCGAUCAUGGAGUUAGCCCGCCAGCUCCACUUCCUGCCGGUGGAUAUGGGCUCCCUGUCUUCCUCUCGGGACAUUGAGAACAUUCCCAUACGGUUAUUCCCCGGCUGGAAGGGCCCCGUGCUCGCCGCCGUCGCCCUCUCCAUCUUCUUUUUCGCCUACUCAUUUGUACGAGACAUCAUCCACCCGUAUGUGAAACACAAGCAGAGUGACUUCUACAAGAUCCCCAUAGAGAUGGUGAACCGGACUCUGCCCACUGUGGCCAUCACGCUGCUGGCGCUGGUGUACCUGGCGGGCCAGCUGGCCGCCGCCCACCAGCUGUACUACGGCACCAAGUACAGACACUUCCCCCACUGGCUGGAGGGCUGGCUGCAGAGCAGGAAGCAGCUGGGCCUGCUCAGCUUCUUCCUGGCUGCCGUGCACGUGGUCUACAGCCUGUGUCUGCCCAUGAGGCGGUCUGAGAGGUACCUGAUGCUCAACACCGCCUACCAGCAGGUCCACGCUAAUGUGGAGAACGCGUGGAACGAGGAGGAGGUGUGGAGGGUGGAGAUGUACGUUUCCUUCGGGAUCAUGAGCCUCGGGCUGCUGUCGCUCCUCGCCAUCACCUCCAUCCCCUCCGUCCACAGCACGCUCAACUGGAGGGAGUUCAGCUUCAUACAGUCCACGCUGGGCUACAUCGCUCUGCUCAUCGCGACCCUGCACGGCCUGCUGUUCGGCUGGAAGAAAGCCUUCGAGGAGGACGCCUACCGCUUCUACCUGCCCCCCAGCUUCAUGGUGGCCCUGGCCCUGCCCGUGUGUGUGAUUCUGGGGAAGGUACUCAUGCUGCUCCCCUGCGUCGGCCGCAAGCUGCACCAGAUCCGCCGCGGCAUGGACAGCAGUCAGAACCGCUGCCAGCGCCUGGAGCCCGUGGGCUCGGCUGCACACGUCUCUCCGGAGAGAGUCACCAUCAUGUGAGCUCUCCCACAUACACUGCCAUAUCUAACUGUUGUAUGUGAACACAUUCACAUGAUCCAAAUGGUAUUCUUUGUUCCUGUGAUCAGUUUUGCCGUCUGUGAAUCGUGUUCUUAGUAGCUGUUCAUUAUAACUGCCCUUGUGGGACUGUUAUGUUACAGUUUGUCCAUCUAAAUGGUAAAAUGGAAUAUCUUGUCAAUAUUUCUUUAACACUUUGUUCCUGUCCGUGUGUUCUGGCAGACAUUACACUGAGGUACAUUGUUUACUUUAAAGGAAAAUUCAAUACAUUUUAUAAGUUCUGCUCGGCCUGUUAAAACAUCAGAAUCUUCUAGUCUUCUUUCAAAGUAAAAAAAAACAAAACAUGAUAAUGCAGCAUAAGUCUCAUUCAGAAUCAUUCAAAUAUUACACGAUGAGUCCAUCAACUGAGUGUGUUUAAUCAAGUUUAAUGAGCUGCUAUGUUCAUAACUUUUAAUACGUCUUACAGUCAAAAACCUUGACUUAUGUUUAAACACUUUUGAGUUUUGUAUACAGGAGUUUCAAGGUAACUUUGUUUAAAAUCUGAGCUAAAUAACUAGUCAUGUUUACCCAUAAUUCCCUUCCUUAAGCACC